GUGAAGUUCUUCUUCCUGAGAGCGGUGCAAAACAGACCGACAAAAUUCGGGAACGGAGAAUAGCAGUUUGUGGAGUCAUGGCCUCUGCUUCAAUACCAGUCUACAACUCCUCUAAUAAUCCCCUGGAAAACAGCUCCAGUCACAAUGCGUCCAGAGAGAGUCUGAAAAUGGAACUGCUGGCAGACUGCAGCUUACUGCCCGGCGAGGAGAGAAUCAUAGACAAAGACAUCAUCUAUAUCUGUCCAUUCAGUGGAGCUCUCAAAGGCAAAGUCUUCAUCACUAACUACAGACUCUACUUCAAGAGUGCAGACGCAGACCCGACGGUGACUCUGGAUGUUCCGCUGGGCGCCAUUGGCCGGGUGGAGAAGAUGGGCGGAGCCUCCAGUCGGGGGGAGAACUCAUACGGGCUGGACAUCACCUGCAAGGACAUGAGGAACCUGAGGUUUGCGUUGAAACAGGAGGGCCACAGUAGAAGGGACAUCUUUGAUAUCCUGUUUAAAUAUGCCUUCCCCCUAUCCCACGGUCUGCUUCUGUUUGCGUACCUGAGUCAAGAGAAAUUUGAAGAGAAUGGCUGGAGUGUGUACAAGCCCAUGGAAGAGUUCAGGCGGCAGGGCUUACCCAAUGACAAGUGGCGUGUCACGUUCAUCAAUGCCAACUAUGAGCUGUGCGACACCUACCCCACCAUACUGGUGGUUCCAUUCAAAGCUACAGAGGAAGACCUGAGGAAAGUGUGUACCUUCAGGUCCAGAGGACGCAUACCCGUGCUGUCGUGGAUCCACCGUGACAACCAGGGUUAUCUGCCGCUGCUCCCAGCCCCUGGUGGGGAUGUCUGGRAAGAGGAACAAGGAUGACGAGCGCUACCUGGACCUGAUCCGGGAGGCUAACGGCACCGCCAAGCUCACCAUCUACGACGCACGGCCCAGCGUCAACGCCGUCGCCAACAAGGCCACAGGUGGGGGUUACGAGGGUGACGAUGCAUAUCAGAACGCUGAGCUGGUGUUUCUAGACAUACACAACAUCCACGUGAUGAGAGAGUCCCUGAAGAAGCUAAAAGACAUUGUCUAUCCCAACGUAGAGGAGUCGCACUGGCUGUCCAGUCUGGAGUCUACACACUGGCUAGAACACAUCAAGCUGGUCAUAUCUGGAGCCAUCCAAGUAGCAGACAAGAUAUCGGGUGGUAACUCUGUGGUGGUCCACUGUAGUGAUGGGUGGGACCGGACGGCCCAGCUCACCUCUCUGGCCAUGCUGAUGCUGGACAGCUACUACCGCACCCUGAGAGGAUUCCAGGUGCUGCUGGAGAAGGAGUGGAUCAGCUUCGGACACAAGUUUGCCAAUAGGAUAGGACACGGUGAUAAGAACCAUGCUGAUCAGGACAGGUCUCCUAUCUUUGUACAGUUCAUAGACUGUGUCUGGCAGAUGACCAAACAGUUCCCGACAGCGUUUGAGUUUAACGAGCGUCUCCUAGUGACCAUCCUGGACCACCUGUUCAGCUGUCGCUUUGGAACCUUCCUCUUCAACUGUGAGAGUGCUAGGGACACUAACGAGUUGCGGUCUAAGACGGUGUCUCUGUGGUCGUUGGUAAACAGUGAUCUGUCCUUCUACCAGAACCCCUUCUACACCCCAGAGUCCAAUCGAGUCCUCUACCCUGUAGCCAGCAUGAGACACCUAGAACUCUGGGUGACUUACUACAUCCGCUGGAACCCUCGCAUUCGACAACAGCAGCAGAGUCCAGUGGAACAGCGUUACAUAGAGCUGUUAGCCCUGAGAGAUGAAUACCUGAAGAAACUAGAGGAACUGCAGCUCUCUGACUCCUCCCCUAACUCCUCCCACCUAUCAAAUAGCUCCACCCCCAACGCGUCCUCUCCCACACAGCACAUCACACACCUGCACACCCCCUUCUGAGUGGGGUCGUCACACACACACACACACUCCGACGUAUACAACACGCGUGUAUGCGCAUUCUCCGGGGUCGCUGUUGAUUACAUGUCAGUUCAGUUAAUGAAUCAUAGGAGAUUAAUUGAAGUUCUAAAUUUGAGAGUUGAAAAGUGACAUUUUUUCCCCAAUUAAGAUUUUUCAGUUCUGUAGGAUUUCAGAAUGUUCAGUUCUUCGGAAUUUCAGAAUUUCAAUUCACUUCCUGAAAUUGAAAUGGGUUUGACCCUGACACAAGAAGUCGUUUUUGUACAUAACGUUYAAAGUAAUAAUGAAGUCAAUAAAUAACAUGGAAUAGACGUAACCAUGGUGAUUAUGCAACAUGUCACAGUGCAACAUGUCACAGUACAGCCUUUUCACAACUUUAAUAGAAUGUUUGUUUUCUUCCACAAAAACAAAUAAGCCUUAAUAUAAAAUAAAACAAUGUUUGUAGAUAAACAAUACUAAAGGUCAAGUGUAAAGGAUUAAAACUCACUGGCUGCAUUCCAAUUCACCCAGAAGUGUGCAUUCAGUCACUCCCCUUCAUGCUUAUGCAUUGUAUUGGUGCAAGCAUGGCUGGAUGGAGUUUCCACCCUAUUCCUCACACCAGUCCCUAAAUCUAUGAGGGGGAGUGUAUGAGUGCACACUUCAGGAGAAGGGUAGAGAAUGGGAUCGUAGCCCCUGCUCCUCUAGGACUUAAUACUCUGCUGCACUCUCCAUGACCAGGGAGGGAAUGGGAGACGGGAAUGAACAUUUGACUAGAAGUGUAUAUGACUAGUUUCCCUUCAAUCAUUGUGUAGCUGUACCUAUGUCCCAACAUAAGCAAUACCAGCCCAAUCAUUCAGUUAAGUUUGGAUAGGAAGCUUGAGUAACUACAGUCAACUCUUGAUAAGUGCAAACCAAGUCCACUGCAGUUCCCCCGUCCCGACUCACAUAAAUUAUAAAGAAUGGAAUUAAGAAAUAUAUAAWUAUUAGGAUGAGCAAUGUCAGAAUGGCAUUGACUAAAGUACAGUAUAUACAUAUGAGAUGAUGUAAACAUGAGUGACUCAUAUGGUCUUAGUCAUGCAUUACAAUUACCGUAUGUGUUGGUAAAACGGCACAAACAGAUCUGGCACCAGGUUAGGUCCACUAGGUCCAAUAAUAGUCACCAGUGGUUCUGCCUCAACCCAACUCUCAUUUUGCAAACUUCAGAACCUUUACAACCUGUUACCUUAAACGGUCAAACCCCAUCGACCCUCUUGAUCCCAAUCCACGUAGCAAAAUGGUUUAGCUCAAUUUUGCUGAAGGUUUUUGGACUCCCACAGAGUAGGUUCAGAAAUAAUCCACAAAGUUAAGCUGUGGACAGGAGAAGUUCUUUUGACAAGAGCARUGUCCAGAGGUGGGAUCAGAUCGGUGGAUGUCCAGAAUCAUUUAGAACGUUUCAAGGGAUCACGAUGUGGGCAAUGUAUUCUCAGACAGAGUUCUUUGGACAAGAAUCACCAUAGAUUUUGAGAWUAGAUUGGUGGGAAAAGUCCAGAAUUGUUUAGUUACUCUUUACAGGGCAUAUCCAGUGUUCUGGAGAACGCUGGUCAGGUCCAGUUCUGUGCCUUUGACCGUCUGAAGUUCAACCUCAGGUGGAUGUUUUGUAUGUACCCAAACUAUAACUUUGUCUUUGUAAUUGUUCCUCUGUGUGUGGCGUCUGUGGCGAGGCGUAAAGGGAAAGAAAGCACCUGAUUGGUUGUGGCAGGAGAAAGGACGCACCCGAUUGGUAGUGGUGCGGGGAAAGAAAGCAUCCGAUUUGCUGGGGCAGGGGGAAUGAUGGAUUCCGAUUUGGUUGUGUCGGGGAAAGAAAAGAUCCUGAUUGGUUGAUACAGUAUGUAUGCUCCUUCUGGUCAAGACCCUUUGGGUAGGAUAACCAGUCACCACUGGAUAUGGGAAGACCAUACAAGAGAGAGAACUUAGAGGGCUUGUUGCUGAACAUCUAUUGAAAGAUAGUGGUGGUGGUGGGCUAAACAUGAGGUCUCUUGAUAUUUAAACCUUUCAGGCACUACCUUUUCACUCCCUAAUGCUACACCAGAAUGCAACACUUCGGAAGACUUUGGCCUCAAUGAGGUGAAAAAGUUUAAAAACAAAGCCAAGAGCGAAAUGGACAACAAAGCAAAACACUUUUUGGUUUGUUGGUUGGUUGUGUUUUUAGGCAAAAAAUGAAAAUUCUAUUUUGUUUAUUUUUUACUUUAUACAAGUACAGUAACUAUGAUGUAAUUACCUCAAACAAAACUGAUUUUACUGUUAAAAGUUGUUGUAAAAUAUUAUUUUAUUUAGUGUACCAUUUGACACGUUUUAUAAAAAGGAAAGUAGUAGGACAAACAUUUUUUGUUUUGUUUCUUUGAAUGGUUGGUUAAUAAUUUGUGGAUUUCUUGUUACAUUAGUUAAUUUUUUUAUUUGCAUUUUGGGAUUUUGAUUUCUAACAGAAGAGGACAGUGAAUCAUGAAUUGUGGGAGAUUUGAKUCAGUCGGGAAUUGAUUCAGUUCCUUUUGAGUCUUCACCUGUGAUUGUGUAAAUAGGGGCGUGAUUAGAUCAAUGGAGUGGGUGAGGAUCUGAYUUUUUCUGGACCCCUCUUCUGGACAGCUGAAUGUCCCGAAGCUUCUGCUAUUGUGCGGGAUUCUCUACUUUACACACAGUCUCUGCUCUACUCGUAGGGAACCGGUCAAAGCUGAAUCAAUGUCUGCAAAAACACAAUGAUGGCAUUCUACAUUUUAUUUUUAUUUAACCUAUAUUUAACUAGGCAACUGAAUAUAAAUAGCAUAACAAUCUAAUUGCAUAUCCCCAUGAAACUGAGAUCAAAUAGUUGCUAUGCAGAUGCUGCAUGGAAGUUUMAUCUGUAAAAAUUGGGAGAAUUAUAAUUCACCGUUGACACUAGAAGUGUGAAGGGUGGUUCUAUAUGUGUAGAGCUGAGCCCGCUUAAAGUAGAGAAUUCCGUACGUGCGCAGACGCUUCGGGACCUUUAGCUGUUGGGAUGAGGGGUCCAGAAAAGUCUGAUCCACAGCCUCGGCCUUCAAUCAAACUCAUUGUGGUAUUUAUGCAGGAGCUCUUUUACCCCCAAAUAUAAUCCCUGAACAGUGGUAAUAAUUUACUACCACAAGGAAGUAUCCCCAUCACAAAUAGAUGCUUCCAUGUUUUUCCACAAUGAGAAGGCUAUGCAUGGACAUUUAGUUUGUAAAGAAAGACACUGCCAUAAACAUUGGCAUAAUGAGUUUGACUGAAAUCCAGCCCUAGAAGAAUUGAGCACUGAUAAAGGCUGUGCAAAUGGCACAGUUUUAGUCCCAAAUGGCACCCUAUUACUGCCAAUAUAGUGCACUUAUUUUGACCAGAGAAUAGGGUGCCAGCUGUCGCUAGUGAUUUUGUUAAUUUUCUUCAUGUAUUCUACCUUUAACAUAGGGAUAUCUAGUCUAAAGGGAUUUCUGUCAUAUUAUAGCCUACUUACUCCCUAGCCUGGUGUCCCAGAUCAGUUUGUGCCGUUUUGCCAAAUCCUUGUGAGUCAUGACCAUAGGAGUUAGCCUGGGUGCCAGUCUGUUUCAGGGUGCGUACUGUCAAGGGGGGUGUACUUGUACAACAAGCUGCCUCAUGCUACAGAAACAGGAGAUGGACUCCUGCCCUAUGGGCCUGUCUGGCUUGGACAAGGCUUACAUACCAGUCUUUGUCUGCUCUGUUCAUGCCAGGGCGAGCAGAAACCAACUGGCACCUAGCCUACAUGGGAGUUUUGGCAAGACAACACAAACAGAUGUGGGAUUCAGGCUGUACUACUCUUUUUCAUGUAUGAGUAGUCCAUGUUGGUUGUUGUGUAAAUAAUGCUGAAUAAAUUAAUUUAAAGAUUUCUCACUUUAAAAAAAAAACAUGUUGAA